AUCCUUUUCUUUAUUGUUAUAUUUUUAUAACACCUGGUGUUAUUGUCCGACCACUGAUUGCCUGUUGUUCCGUACUGCUGUUCUGUUAAUUUGUCUUCUAGUAUGGCCAAGGCGGAUGUUUAAAAUGUCACACAGGUUGACCCUCUUAGCAGCCAAUCAAAUGCAACCCAAAUUUCAAGCUCUUCCUUGCUCUUUCACUCACACUGUUCAAUUCUCAAAACCACUGAGACGAUGCACCUGCACAUGAUCCUCUGUGGAAUAUUUCACCUGUCAGCAGUGAUCCAGUCGGCAGUCAAACAGGACUCUGGGGUUAUAUCCGUCAGUGUUGGGGACAAUGUGACUUUACAUUGCUUCUAUCACAGCCAAGUGGCGAUGCACUUCUCCUGGUACAAACAAAUCUUAGGAGGUGAACCUGAAGUCCUGUCAAAUAUUUACAAGCAUGAAAUACCAUCAAAACCGUUUCACCGGGUGGAGAAGGACCCUCGUUUCUCUGUGCAGAAGAGAGAAGGGGUGAAUCAUUUACACAUUUCUGAUGUCCACCUCUCAGAUUCAGCUACAUACUUCUGUGGAAGCUCACACUCCAACAUGGUGGAAUUUGGAAAGGGGGUCUUCCUAAGUGUCAAAGGAGCCACGCCCAAGGGAAUAGUCCAGAGUCCAGUAUCAGAGACUAUCCAGCCAGGAGGAUCUAUGACUUUCAACUGUACAGUACAUACUGAAACCUGUGAUGGAAAACACAGUGUUUACUGGUUCAGACAUGGGUCUCGCCAAGGAAUUCUUCACAGACACAUCUCCACCCCACAGUCUUCUUCACAGAGUUGUGUCUACCAUUUGCAGAAGAUGAACGUGAGCACCUCUGAUGCUGGAACAUACUACUGUGCUGUGGCCUACUGUGGGAUGAUAAUGUUUGGUAAUGGAAGCGAGUUGGUCGUCAGAGGUGAUGUUGGAGCCCAAAUGGCACAGAUGAAAAUCUUAGUCUGGCUCUCCAUCAUUAGAACUGUAAUUCUGUUGUUCUUUAUGACUAUUUGUCUUUUGGUUUACACCAGUAGGAGCAGGCAAAGGCCUUAACGCAGAGUUUAUUUGAAAAUGCUUGCUCAGAAUUAAAAAACAAACAAA